AUGAGAAGGUUGGCUUCAGUGGGCUUUGAUACUAGAAGAUACCUGAAGAUUCGCCCUCUGGGUCAAUGCACAAGGCAGCGGUCGUUCAAUGACAUUGCAAGCCGCCGGUCCAAAGCCUCUUCGUCCAGCAAACAAAAGACUCGAUCGGUUGUGGUAGUCACGAGUGUAAUAGGAGCCGCUGGACUAGCUCUGCUCGCGCGAGAUGCGACACGAGACAAAAUAGGCCAUGUCUUCUCGGCAGCUCGGAGGACUGGACGAGUCGUUGGUACACUUGUGCGUUGCAUCUUGGACUACCAAAGGACUCUCAGGAUUCCCACCGAAAAUAACGAGCACUAUGACAUUGAGUUGAGUGCCUGUCAUCAAAGAUGUGCCGAGCGGGCCCUGAAGGUGAUGGAGAGCAAUGGCUCCAUUUUCAUUAAGCUCGGCCAACAUCUCAGCAGCAUGGACUAUCUUCUACCGCGUGAAUGGACCACAACAUUCAUUCCGCUGCAAGAUCAAUGCCCUAUUUCGUCGUUUGAAGCAAUUGAGAAAUUGUUUGUGAAAGAUAUAAAUCAAUCGGUCGAAGAGAUAUUUGAAACUUUUGAGAAGGUUCCGACUGCUGCAGCAUCCUUAGCUCAGGUUCAUCUAGCUACCUUGAAGAACAGCAAAGAGAAAGUUGCUGUUAAAGUUCAGCAUCCCAUACUUGAAGAAUGGGUUCCCCUAGACCUAGCCUUAACUCGACUCACAUUUUCCGCACUCACGUGGGCUUUUCCAAGUUAUAAUAUGACAUGGCUCUCUAAGGAGAUGGAGAUCUCUUUACCCCAAGAGUUGGAUUUUACUUUGGAGGGGGCUUUCGCCAUGCAAACCAAGAAACAUUUUGAGUCUUUGAGUGACUAUCCCUUGGUAGUGCCGGUAGUCAAUUGGUGCUCGAGAAGAAUCCUUGUCAUGGAAUACAUCGCUGGUCGUAGGCUUGACGACCUUGAAUAUCUUGACACCAAUAAUAUUGACCGCGACGAAGUAUCGGCAGCUCUUGCACGUAUAUUCAACGAGAUGAUAUUUGGAAAUACACCCCUCCAUUGUGAUCCUCACGGUGGCAAUAUUGCCAUCCGGAGAAGUACUCGGAGGAUGAAGAGGCACAACUUCGAUAUUAUACUCUACGAUCACGGCCUUUACAGGCACAUUCCAUUGGAAUUGAGUCGCAACUAUGCAAAGCUAUGGCUCGCAGUGAUGGACUCAAAUGAACAGAAAAUGCGCGAGUACUCUUACCGGGUCGCAGGAAUCACCGAUGACCAAUUUCCUCUGUUUGCAAGCGUAAUUACUGGACGAGAUUAUAUGAGUGCAACGCAAUCAAUCGUUUCGAAAAGGACGGCGCAAGAAAAAGAAACCAUUUCCAGUGCGAUGGGAGAUGGCUUGUUCAGAGAGCUAGUCCAAUUGCUAGGGAACGUACCACGACUUAUUCUACUCCUCUUGAAAACAAACGACUUGACCAGAAGCUUGGACGAAAACCUCCAUACCAAAGAAGGCCCAACUCGAAAUUUCCUGAUACUCGCACGUUAUUGUAGCCGGACCGUCUUUGAGGAACAGCGAGCGCUCGUUCGGCAAAGUGGGAGAUUGAUCCACCCUAUGAAUAUCCUCAAACUUCUGGCAGCCUGGGGCAGCUUUUUGAGGGUUGAACUACAAUUGUCUGUGUAUGAAUGGUAUAUCUUCUUGAGACGAUUUGUAGGUUCAUCGGCUUUAUACCAGCCGUAA